AUGCCUCCCGAAGGUUGGGAUUACUGCACAUCGCUUGGAAUGGCUCCCCGAGGGCUGAGCGGUAUCGCCCACCGAUACAGCUCAGAGCAUCCUAAUUUGAUCGCAUCCUCCUCCCCUCCUCCACCCCUGCCAGCGUGGGGCUGGACUCGACCGAUCGCCUCACCUUCCUGCUGUGCCCGAGAUUUCCCCAGCCCCGAGGACCCGGUGUGCGCAGCCAUACUGUGCAUCCGGGCCCCCGCCCUCCCUCUGGCCAACGCUGGGAUCGGAGUCCAGUCGCCCCCUUCCAGCCUCCACUCCGCCUCUCCCCACCCCUUCUCUCGCGUCUGCGCUCCGCCACCCCCACUCCCACCCAGGCAAAGGGCAAAGAGCAAAGACGCUCGGGAGAAGCGAGGGCCACUUCCAUCUCCUCGGACCGGAGGAGGCCGUGGGCGGGGGCUGCUCUGCGAGCGACUCUCUUUGGGGAAGAGCGCAGCGCCAGAGCGCGAUCCCGGGAACCAGCCCGGAACCGCGAAGCUCGCGACCGAGCCGAGAACGCCGAGGGUUUCAGUCGAACGAUCCCCAGUCCUGGGACGAUCCCGGAGCCUGCCUGCCAGCGAGGGCGUCUGGAGCUGUGAUUCCCGAGCCACAGUCCCCGAAUCGCCACGAGAGGUGCGCGCCCGCCUCUGGCUUUGGUAUACAACGACCAUCUUCCUGCAAGUCUCCAAGGUGGAAAUACUUAAGGAUUACAAGCGAGAUUUGGUAGCCCUUCUGAAAGUUGGUAACCGGAAGAGAAGAUACAAGGCUACAGGAUGGAGGAUGCAACUGAACCUCUCAGAGUUUGCCCCUCCCGCUGGGCAGCGCCUCGCUGCAAGCCUCGGCGAUCCUGAGCGCUCCGCACUGAUAGGUACUCCCGCCGUCCUUUCCCGCUUUGCCUAAUUGAAAUC